CCGCCAAUUGGCCGGCAAAAUGCCAGACUCUGGAGUAGCUCAGAUCUCUCUCUUCUGCUCACAAGUCAAGAACAAAAGAUUCGAUGACAAUUCUCUUCGAAUUCUCGAAUCAGUUCUCGUCUCCAAAGAGGUGAAAUCACUGAUUGAAACGCACUUGAGCUUAAAAGAGUUCAUGAGAUCUGAAUCUCUCUCCGUCGUUCGAGAAAUUGCUGUGAAAACCGUCAAUGAACAGCUUUCCGUUCUCGAAUUCUUCGUUCGAGCUUUUGCUAUCAUUGGCGAUGUCGAGGUUCGAAUACUUUAAUUAAUCAUCGCCACUAUCAUCAUAAUCAUCCUCUUAUGUCCUUUGUAGAUGAGCAUAAAUCGAAUUUGGCACUGGAUGAGUAGAACAACUUUUCUGGCUUAAAUAUAAACGAGUAUUUGGCAUAUGAUCGCACUUUAAAAUUUUCAUGUUAAAUUAUAGGCUGAAAUUCAGUUGAGAUUUAUAUAUGUUUUGCUGAUUGUUAAAUUUAAG